AAAAAAAAAAAACAUCUUCGGGGUCGGUAAAGAAGUUUUUGAUCGAGGGCUCACCGCGCGAAAAAUAUUUGAAAUUCCGACGCUUCGUUGACCAAAUGUAAAACGCAAAAUAAUGAAUUUACGAAGGUUCGGUUUUGCGCGUAUUCCCUACCUCAAUUACCGGUGCGUAGUCGCGCGAAGGUCACACAAAACGACCCGGGACAACUGCGUCGUAGCCUCGUAUGGAAGAACGCAACAUCGGAGGGUUGCAGCAAAGGGGUGGAAACUAAGAGGAAUAAUGUCAAUGCCGUUCUCUGCUUUCUCCGGGGCCACGCGAGUGCCGCAACAAGGGCCGCCCGUUUUAAAAAAUAAUUGUCACGAGCGAAAAUUCAAAGGCACGGACGAUCGAACGAGCAGGCAUGCAGGAAUGAGCAAGAUCGAAUAAAAAAAUAACGGAGGAAGUGAAAGAUGCGAGGAUAAUUGGGUGUUUGGUGAAGUAGUUUUUCUUCGUUUUAUUUUCCCAACCUCGGGCAAUCGAGGCUUAUAUUUUUCAAUCGCGUUAUACGACCUAGAUUUUCGAUCUAUAAGAUGAUUCAGCGUUCGAUCGAAUCGAUUUGGACGUGACGAAAGUGAACAUUGAGAACAGACCCGGCACAUUGACCCACCGUACUAAUAACCUAUACGCGUCUUUAUUAUCUUUUUAUUUCAAAAUAAAUUUCACGCCAAUUCAUUCCAGUGCGCGUGUAUGUGUUUCUGACCGAAGUCAACUUUUCGACGUCUUUCGCAUUUUCAAAUUUUCAUCUUCAACUUGAUUCUAUCAGAUACACGGGGCACUGUCCGACUCUCAAAUUCCGCGUUGGAAAGAGAUUUGGCGCCAAUACGGAGGAGAUAAUGAAGAUAAUCGAAUCUAAUCGGGAGGGUCGUCAAAAAAGACACGAACUGCUCGAAAAGAAAAUCCUCAAAACUGGGCCAUACAGACCGAACUCGGGAAAAAACGCCGUUCUAUUGCCAAUCGUUCGUGAUCCGGAAAUACGAAGGGAUUGGAAAAAUGAGGCUCAUCUGUAUAAGACACCCCCGUUUGUACUCGGUUAUACGGGAUACAUUCCUGGGUACAACAACAAAUACGGUCUCUCGUUUAUGCGGGCGGUUGAAGAGGGUGGCAGAGAAUGGCGUGAGACUCAAACAAAAUUGCGUCUCCGUCGUGACGCAAUGAGAGCUCACGUGGAUCAACGUACGACCCCAAGAAACAUGUUGUCGCGUGCGAGAGCCGAUAACGUCGAGAUCGAAAUCGAUCACGGCCACCCGAGAGAGCCAACGUUUUACGAAAAUCAAGUAUCACCGGAAAGACCACCGAUCGUCGGCUACACGGGUCACAUACCAGGAGCCAAGGGUGAAUCGGCCCUCUCGCGACGUUAUGCUCAAGCAGCGAGGCGGGGAUUGCAAAUGUUGCAGAGAGAACGAGAAGGAAGAUCUACCCGAGAAAGAGAUUCGUCGUCGGGUGCUCAAAGAGCUCCGAACGGAAGACCUUACGACGAGACGUGAAAAGGUUCAACGCCGAUGAUUAAUCAUCAAUACUUCUCGAUCAAACAUGCUGAAGUACAAAUUUGAGUAUUUUAACUCGUUUCGAGCAUAAUUCGGACCCAAGUAAGAUACUAGAAGGAGUUUUAGGCGACUCGACGUACACUUCUCGAAAAUAUUUCGUUAUUUGAAAUAUAUUUGACGAGAAUGCUUCCAGAAUAUGUUCAUCGAUCCGCUCGAGAGGAUUUCUCCUAGAAACCUCGACGAAGUGGAAUUCUCUACUACUAGCCCAUGUACAAAUUAAAAUACAGAGACGGUAUCCCACAAUUCGAAUGUAAAUACGCAUCGGUAAUUAGAAAAAGUAUCGAAAUAAAAAUAUAUUUUUCGUUAUAA